UAAAGGAAAAGAAAAUUUCAUUAUUAGGAAGUGGCUCCCUCCCCCUCCCGUUUUUUUGAGAAACCCUAAACUCUCUCCCCCUUAACAAAGAGAGAGAGAUAGAAAAACCCUAGCACCGAACUGAUUUCUCGAAAGCUAAUAAAUCGGCAUACGUUGAUUACUUCCGAUUGGCUCCAACUGCAAAAAGGCGGAAGGAAUUUAGGUGUUCCGUUGAGGAAAAAUGGGGAAGAAGAAAAAGAGAGCAUCCGAUAAAGUAUGGUGUUAUUAUUGUGAUAGGGAAUUUGAUGAUGAGAAGAUUUUGGUUCAGCAUCAAAAGGCUAAACACUUCAAAUGCCAUGUUUGCCAUAAGAAGCUUUCCACUGCUGGUGGCAUGGCCAUUCACGUUCUUCAGGUUCACAAAGAGACCGUCAGCAAGGUACCGAAUGCCAAAGCCGGCAGAGAGUCAACAGAUAUUGAAGUAUAUGGAAUGCAAGGAAUCCCACCUGAUGUCUUAGCAGCUCACUAUGGAGAGGAAGAUGAUGAGGCCCCAGCAAAAACUGCCAAAGUGGACAUUCCGUCAUCCCAGUAUGUUGGUGGUGCAAUUCCAGGAUACCCUCCCCGGGCACCUUUUGGUGCAAUGCCACCACUCUAUAAUCCUGCUGUGCCAAUGCCUCCUGCUGGUUGGCCAGUCCCCCCUCGGCCCCAACCUUGGUAUCCACAAUAUCCUGCUGUCUCGGUUCCACCUCCUGCACCAAUGGGUCUGCCGCAACAACCAUUAUUUCCUGUGCAAAAUGUGAGGCCUCCAAUGCCAGCUAUUGCACCACCAACACUUGUCAGUCCUCCAGGCCUCCCUGCAUCUAACUCACCUGUUCCCGUGUCUCAGCCCUUGUUUCCUGUUGUUCCUAAUAACAACAACCUUGCCCAAAGUUCGCCAUUUUCAGUGCCAAUGCUGUCAACAAGUGUGCCAUUGAGCUCUGCAGCUGAUGCAAAGAGCUUAAUUGACCCAAACAUGAGCAACAACACUCCUGCCACCAUUGGUUAUCAGAUUUCAGCCCCAGCACCAGUAAAUUCACAUUCUUAUGCCUCUGGCCCAAAUACCGGUGGGCCCUCAUAUGGUCCACCACCUGUUAUUGCAAACAAAGUUCCAGCUAAUCAACCAGCAACAAAUGAGGUCUAUUUAGUUUGGGAUGAUGAGGCCAUGUCCAUGGAGGAAAGAAGAAUGUCCUUACCAAAGUAUCAGGUGCAUGAUGAGACUAGCCAGGUAAGUUAUAAUUACCUAAUACUUGUAUUCCUUCCUAUGGCUAUGGAUAUGGCCUUAAGUUAUACAUAUGUCCAGAUGGUUGGUGUUAGUUUCAUUUCUCAGAUUCAGUUGUUUACUAUUCUUUCAUAUUCGUAAAGCAAAUUUGUAAGUCUUUCCUUUCUCCUUCAUCUUGUUGAGAAUAGCUAGUACUCUUGCAUGAGUAUCUGAUAAUCCGUUAAUUAUACUGUAUGUUUCAACCCCAUUAAUUGAUGGGCUUCUUUAUCUUCUCUUGGCCAUUCUCCGGUUGGCAAGCAAUCCCAACAGUUUUAUGGUCAUCAAAGAUUCAAGUAUGUAUCUUCAUCAUCUUUUGCUGGUAGUUAAAGUAAUGACAUUUCUGACUACUAUGCUGCCACCCACUCAAGGAAUCUCCAACUAGCAUCACACAAGAAUAAGAACAGCGUGUAUGUGUUAUUCUUGGAAAUUCCUUUUCCUGCUGUAGUUACAUGUUCUCCUUGAGCUUUACUUUGACCUUAAAAUGAGUUGGGUUUGGGUGAGCAAGCAUAGAGGCUACAGAUAUUUGCAAAUUACUUUGAUUAUUUUAUAGAUAUUUAUGGUCGAACAGUGGUUCAAAUUUGGCCCAGGUCAGAUUCUUUUGCCAAAUUCAGAAAAACAGGCUAUGUUUUUGACUCAUACAUCGUCUUAAUAACCUUUGAGUUUCUAUAUUAAACUUUCCUGUCUGUGGUUCCUUCUUUCAGAUGACUUCAAUAGAUGCGGCAAUAGACAGAAGAAUAUCAGAAAGCAGACUUGCAGGGCGCAUGGCUUUUUAAGACCUGGUCAUUUUGCUCUGGUUGGCUGGGUGCUCGUGCAACUGUAGGAAAAUGUUC